GCCCUUCAGUUCAGCUCUUCUUCCCUUUUCUUUGCAGUUAAUUAUACAUCUCCUUCCUUCUCUUCUUUACCAUACACGUGCGCGCGCACAUAUAAUAACCAAAUCGAUAUAAUUCCAGUUAAUUUAGAUUCUUCUUUUGCUGUAAAAUCCAUCUCUCUUUCACAAACAGAGAUGGAUACAAAUUUAAACGACAAGGAGUCCGUGGUUGCUCGAAUCCAACAAUUGGAACAUGAGUGUGAUGAGUUGCACAAAGAUAUAGAACAAUUGUGUAUGCAGCAAGCUGGACCUGGUUACCUUGCUGCUGCUACUCGAAUGCAUUUCCAGAGGACAGCUGGAUUGGUCCAGGAGAUUGAGAAAUUGAAAAAGCAGUUGGUUGCUUGCACAAGAGAUAAUCUUAAUCUUCAAGAGGAGCUUUCUGAGGCUUACCGAAUUAAAACCCAACUGGCCGAACUACACCAAGCAGAGGCUGCAAAGAACAUGGAGGCAGAGAAGCAGGUUAAGUUUUUCCAAGGUUGUGUAGCUGCUGCUUUUGCUGAGCGUGAUACUUCGAUAAUGGAGGCUGAAAAGGCAAAGGAGAAGGAGGAAUCCAUGUCCCAGAAAUUUAAUGAAAUUCAGCAGAGGUUAGAAGUGCUUAAUUCAGAUGUUCUUGAACAGAAGAGACUAAAUGAUGCACUGGAGAGUGAUCUAGUAAAGCAAGAAGAGCAGAUUGAGACUUUCAAGAAGGUUGUCAACAAAUUUUAUGAGGUCAGGCAGUAUUCUCUCGAGGGAUUUGAGGAUACAAGUUGGGAUGAUAAAUGUGCGUGUCUGUUACACGACUCAGAAGAAAUGUGGAGUUAUAAUGAUGCUUCCACUUCUAAAUACAUUAGUGCAUUAGAAGAAGAGGUGGAGGCACUGAGGAACUCUCUGGAAAAGCUUCAAAGCAAAUUACAAGUGGGUUUGGAAAUUGAAAAUCACUUAAAGAAGAAAGUUCGUGAACUUGAAAUGGAGCAAGUUCUUUGGAACAAAAUGGUUACAACUGGGAUAGAAGAAUUACGCCAUUACCAUUCUCAGCAUAGAGAUCAAAUCACAAGCUUACUUGGUGAGGAAAGAUCCUAUCUCAAAUCGAUCAUUGAUAUGGCAGAAGAAAAGAUCAAGCAAUUCGAUGUGACCAGAGAACAGAAUUUGGAGCUUUGUAGAGUUGUAAAACUUCAAGAAAAUAAAUUUGGAGAUUUGCAUACGAGUACUGAUGCUGAUUCUGCCUUAGCAUCGAAGAGAAAUGACGAAGGCUCACCAGAUAUCGUGGCUGAUAAAGAAGGCAACUUGUCUGAAGGCCUUGCACAGGCACUGCAAGAAAAGGUUUCAGCGCUAUUGCUUUUAUCUCAGCAGGAAGAAAGGCAUUUACUGGAGAGAAAUGUCUGCAUGGCUCUUCAGAAAAAGACAGAGGAGCUUCAAAGAAACUUACUACAAGUCACCAAUGAAAAAGUUAAAGUUCUUAUGGAGUUGGCGCAGUUAAAGCUUGAAUAUCAAGAACUACAAGAGAAAGGCGGCAGUGAGAUAAAACAAGAUUUUUUGUGUGACAAUGGGGAGAGAAGACUUUCUAAUCAUGAAAGAGAUGGAAGGAUAAGAAAUCUGCUGAAGAGGACAUAUCUAAGACGUUGGAUGGGCAUGCUGGAUAGUGGAAAUGAAGCUCGAGCUUCCACGAGUGGUGCAGGGAGUUUCUCUGGGAAAAGGUCAAAUGACAUGGAUUUUGCGAGAAUGAAGAUUGAAAAUGCCACUCUCAAGGAAAGCAUGGAAAGCAUGGAUCAUCUAAUUUCUGCAAUUCACAGACUACGCCUUGCACUUCUAAAGGUCAAAGAGUCAGAUACUCGUGAAGGUACAGUUAGUGGCCUGCCAGUAGCUCUUGAUGAUAUCAUUUCCGAGGCUAGACUUGUGAAGACUGCCCUUGGAAGCUCCUUACCCAUUAGUUGGUCUGCCGAGGCAGAUGAUGCAUCAAUUGGUGAAAGUUUCCACAACAAGCUAACUGAUAUUUAUGGGGAACACAGUAGUGAGAAGAUAGAUCCUGUUUCUGCUGCAGGUUUUGAAAUGGUGGAGCUUCUGAUACUUGCAGGUCAGAUACUAAAGGACAAUAAAACCAUAAAGGGUUCCUGAGAUGGAAGCUUAUUUAAUGUGGUCUGUGCGGUACACACGAUACUCUAUUGGGUUGAGGUCAUACUAAAUGGGCUUUUCUGCAAAGAGGGAAGAAAAGAAAAUUUGUGCAGUGCGAAAUCUUGAGCAGUUCAAUGAGUGAACGAUGAAAGCCAAUGCUUAUCUUGUCAUUAUACAGCCUGUUAUUGUGCUUGUGGUGUUUUGAAAGAAAAGGGGUAAGAGGGACUAGAGUUCAAUUCCGUUGUAUAUACAUGGUUAGGCUAGAUCCAUAAAAUACAGUUUUAUGCACUGGGUUAUAAUUUUAUUUCAACAACAAAGUUUCUUAGGUUUUGUGUAUGUUUCCUUUCAGUAUUGCCCGCUGUAUUUUAAUCGUCAAUGUUUCUGUUAAGCGAUUAGAGGAUGCAUUUUCUGUUGGCUUUAAACAACCCACUGGAAAUUUUUGUGCUCUGUACAUGCCACAUGGUGGAAACUGCUAUGGAAUGAAGAAGUUAUAAGCAUGAACAUGCCUCAUUAUGCGUGGAA